UCCAGGCCCACAACUUGACUCUUUCAAUAUUUAUUGUAGAAAACAAGGAGUGGGUAGGGAGAGGAGCUCUAGGUCUUUCCAGCGGAUGUUCCAGGAGCCAGCUGGGGAUGGAAGACAGUGGUCUGGACACCUCACUGGGCAGUAGGCUGAGUUUUGAGGCCAAUGAAACUGCUCAAGAAGUUAAAGAUAUCAGUUCCAGCCUUCUUGACCAAGGGUGUCAGCUGCUCCUGUGUCUUCUCAAAAUGGCGCCCAUGACCACGCUGGGAAUGCAGCGUGAAGCCGCAGUUAUGCCAUCACUCAAGAUGGCUGCCCCCAUCAAGAUGACCGGGGUGUGUCGGGGGGAAAGGGGCAGCAUGAAGGUCUGAGACGGUCUAGCGUCGGACCAUGUGGAAGUUUCUGGGAUUAGGGAGCCAGAUAAUGGGGGGUGGGGCCCGUGGUGGGUAGCGGGAGCAAUAGCGUCCUUUCCCAGGCGAACCCCGGCCCCUCCCCUCUCCUCUGGACUGAAAUGGGGAACACAUUGGGCCUGGCACCGAUGGGCGCUUUGCCCCGCCGGAGCCCCCGUCGAGAGGAACCUCUCCCCAACCCUGGGAGCUUCGAUGAGUUGCACCGGCUAUGCAAAGAUGUAUUCCCAGCACAGAUGGAGGGAGUGAAGCUCGUUGUCAACAAGGUUCUGAGCAGCCAUUUCCAGGUGGCUCACACUGUGCAUAUGAGUGCUCUGGGUUUGCCCGGCUAUCACCUCCAUGCGGCCUAUGCAGGGGACUGGCAACUUAGCCCCACUGAGGUGUUCCCCACUGUGGUAGGGGAUAUGGACAGCAGUGGCAGCCUCAACGCCCAGGUCCUGCUUCUCUUGGCAGAGCGGCUCCGAGCCAAGGCUGUCUUCCAGACUCAGCAGGCCAAGUUCCUGACAUGGCAGUUUGAUGGCGAGUAUCGGGGAGAUGACUACACAGCCACUCUGACCUUAGGAAAUCCUGACCUGAUUGGGGAAUCGGUGAUCAUGGUCGCUCACUUCCUGCAGAGCCUCACUCAUCGGCUGGUGCUGGGAGGAGAGCUAGUUUAUCACCGGAGGCCAGGAGAAGAAGGGGCCAUCUUGACACUGGCUGGGAAGUACUCGGCUGGACACUGGGUAGCUACAUUGAACGUGGGAUCAGGUGGGGCCCAUGCAAGUUAUUACCACAGGGCAAAUGAACAGGUUCAAGUUGGAGUAGAGUUUGAGGCAAACACAAGGCUACAAGACACAACCUUCUCCUUUGGUUACCACCUGACUUUGCCCCAGGCCAACAUGGUGUUUAGAGGCUUGGUGGAUAGUAACUGGUGUGUGGGUGCUGUGCUGGAGAAGAAGAUGCCCCCCCUGCCCGUCACCCUAGCCCUCGGAGCCUUCCUUAAUCACUGGCGCAACAGAUUCCAUUGUGGCUUCAGCAUCACUGUGGGCUGAGGUUGUCCCAGAGCCAGCCCCUACAGCAGCUGGAACCUCUGAGUCAGGUGCCCUAGGGCCAGAGACUAGGCCCGUCUCCAGAGCUCACCUUGCUGGGUGACCUCUAGGUCCCAGGAGCAGAGUGGGGACAGGACCAUGCCCUCCUCAGAACUGGAGCUGCCACAGGAGCAGCUGCUGAGGCAGUGGCUUCAGGCUCCCACUCUGCCAUCAGCCCCAGUGUCAUCUUCCCAUGCUCUUGUGGCUCUGAACUAAGGGAGAAGGAUUAAGGGGUAUGUCUGGCUGAAUUUUUCUCCCCUCACUCCCUCCUCCUUCAUUUCCCUAAGGAUUAAAGCUCCUAGCCUCUUCCUCUUCAGAGCAGAAAAAUCUGCAUGGGAUUAGCUCCCCAUCCUGUUUUCCAUUCCGGGGUUUCCCAAGGCUGGGAAAGAAGGGCUGAAGGGCUAAAUCUUUGACCUCAGAAAGUAGGGCCACCUAUUCCCAGAAGGAGCUUCUUUACCUCUUAGCCCUGAGGCUUCCUCUUUCCCCAUCUUCCGUGCUUCCAGAGAACAACUUUAUCCCCACGGCCACCCCUUAUUCUCCCCGUUACCGCAUGAAGAGGCAGUUAUUGCUUUAAUCUUUCAUUGCAACCAGUGGGCUCCCUUUUGACGGCUCCCAGCACUUUCCCCUGGAUGCCGUACACAGUCCAUCGUGUGCAGGUGGGCUGGGGAAGGAGGCAAACCGGGCCUCAGCUGCAGAUCUCCUGGAGCAGCGGCAUCAUGGUGGACAGUCCCUGGAUGUUCUGGAUUUGGUACCAGUAUUCUUUGUUAAUGCUUCGGAGCUCAGCCAAUAGGCCCAGCAGCUUUGCAUAGAGAAACCUUUGGAAGAAGUACUGGGGUCACCAGGGAAAGAGGAGGGAAAUAAGGCAGCCGAGAGUCUUUUCCUGAGGCCCUGAUCCCCUGAACUGCCUGUCAGUAAAGCUAGGUCUGAACACUAGGGAAAAUAUGCUGUGGUAUGACAAAUGCAUCAAAAGUUCCAAAGGUUCCCAAAGGAGCCACUAUCUGACAUAGACUUCUCUCACCAUGCCAUUUUCCUUGAACCCAAAGCGCUGAGGGUCAAGUGUGGAAAAAGCCCCAGACUUGGCCAGAUCUUCAACUGUAUGGAAUCUGAGGGUCUGGCCUAGAGCAGGUUCUAGAAGAUGAGUGUGUUCUAUUGUAUACUGCAUCCCUCUUCUGGCCAAACUGGCUCAUUGAGAAAUAAGCAAGGACAGAAGUGGAGCGUACCUCAGAGCCUGGAUAGAUCAUGGACCGUUGAACCAGAGACUGGCUUUGGCCCUGAAACUGAAUGACCCUAACUUCAAGGGGAAUGAAGAAUGAAAGGAAUUGGACCAAUGGAGAGGAGGGGAAGGGCCAAGGAAAGAGAGUGAAUAAGACUCUCGAAAAGCUGCUUUAGUCUGGACUGGUGAGGUGAUGGAUGUCAUCAAUCUCAGGAAUGCUAUUAUUCAGAGCCUGUGAGCUACUACUUUGCAUCUCUACUGAAUAAAAAAAUCUGGAAAAAGUGAGAUGAAAUAGAAGUAGGAGCAAUUUGGAUAUUGGGGGUCUACAAACCUCCCCCCCAAGGGGGUGGGGGCCUUGGUUUCCCAAAAGAAAGGACAAUAAAAGCACUCGUCCUGA